CACUGCACACACACAGUUCCGUGUUGAUGACACUGUGGGCGCGUGAGAGGGAACCGAUUUUCCGUGUGUGUGUGUGUGUGUAGGUGUUGUGUUGUGUUGUGUUGUUCACUUAAACUGUGGCGAUGUUCCUCCGAGUGGUGUGUCUGUUCUGUGUUUUUAGCUGCGUGUCACUGCAGUAUGUCCCUCCGUACACAGAAGAGUGUCGGAAAGGGAUGUAUCCCCCCAGCGGCCCGACGUUUGUCAGUGAGGUCACAUGGUACACCGUCAACCUCAACCUGCCUCCCAGCAAAAGAUGGACAGAAAUCAUCACGGAUAAGAAGAACGAUCUGGUCAUCAUGAUCCAGGCCAUCAAAGAUCUGAUAGACGCCUUCGUGCCUAGUGGACGCCUGGAGGAGCUGAUCGACACGGCCUUUCCCUUGAUGAUCGACACGUUCCCAUAUCCCUUUAACGAAGAGAUUAAAGGAAUCGCAACAGCAUCCGGAGUUCCACUGGGUGAGGUCAUUCUGUUCAACAUUUUCUACGAGGUUUUCACUGUGUGCACCUCGCUGGUGGCCGAGGAUCCUAAAGGAAACCUCAUUCACGCUCGGAAUAUGGACUUCGGACUUUUUAUGGGUUGGGACAAGAAGAACCACUCGUGGAUGCUUACGGAGAACCUGAAGCCUCUCGUGGUGAAUGUGGAUUUCAGGAGGAACAACAGCACCGUCUUCAAAUCCACAAACUUCGCGGGCUACGUGGGCACGCUGACCGGCAUCCAGCCUAACGUGUUCACCCUCACAAUGAACGAGAGAUUCAGCCUGGAUGGAGGCUACAUCGGAAUUCUGGAGUGGAUCCUGGGGAAGAGAGACGGCAUGUGGAUUGGCUUCCUGACUCGCUCCGUCUUGGAAAACGCCACCAGCUAUGCGGAAGCUAAGACACUGCUGUCCGACACCGAGCUGUUAGCGCCCGCGUACUUCAUCCUGGGAGGCAACCAGAGCGGCCAGGCGUCCAUCAUUACACGCUCCAGAACACACAAUCUCCACCCACUGGAGCUGGAUGUUAAGCAGGGUCGUUGGUAUGUGUUAGAGACAAAUUAUGACCACUGGAAGACACCACUGUUCCUGGAUGACCGCAGAACUCCGGCUAUGAAGUGCAUGAAUCUGACCACACAGGCGAAGAUCUCCAUAAAGACGGUCUACGACGUCCUGUCCACUAAACCUGUCCUAAACAAGUUAACUACAUACACUACCCUCAUGCAGGUGUCUAAGGGGAAGUUGGAGUCGUUUGUCCGAGCCUGUCCGGAUCCCUGCAUGCCGUGGUAAAAGCUCUUUCCGGAACAUUCCUUCACACAGAGAGCAUGCACCUUAUUACGACUCCACCCCUAAACACUCACACUGAUCAUUUAAUAAAAUUAAUCCUAUAAUAUAAUAUAAAACACAACACAGGAAUUCUAUUAAGCGCGGCUCUGAGGUGUUGAUACAGAGACAUGAAAUUUAAAUCUUGCUUCUUCGUUCUGUUUUAUGGUUUAUUUGUGUUUCCUUUUCAUCAUGUUAUCAUUCGUUUUAUCUCGAUCGGCUUUCUGCUGUUUUUUAUCUGAAAAACGCCGUGAGAGAGACAGAAAGGGGGAG